GGCAUCCUCCUGCAAGUGUGCAGUAAUCUGCAGGGACACAAUACAGCAGCAUCACAGCAGGGCCAUGGCAUCGAGUGUGGAGACAAACAUGAACAGGGUGAAUUCCUGUGAGACUAAAUGCUGUCCAGCUGAGACGCCUGUCAUCAAUGGCUCCACUGUGGACGUAUGUGCAGCUGAGAGCUUCAUCGAAAAAGCUAUGGAGCUGAUCCUGGACGAGGCAGUGAAAAAGGGCACUAAUGUGCAAGAAAAGGUUUGUGAGUGGCGUUCCCCCGAGAAGCUGAAGGAGCUGCUGGACCUGGAGCUGAGAGAUGGAGGAGAGUCGGAGUCCAGGAUCCUGCAGCGCUGCACGGAUGCAAUCAGAUACAGCGUCAAGACCGGUCAUCCUCGUUUCUUCAACCAACUAUACGCAGGGAUGGAGCCUUACUCCACAGUGGCAAGCUUCAUUACUGAAGCAAUCAAAACCAGUCUGUACACGUACGAGGUGGCUCCGGUCUUCACCCUGAUCGAAGACGCUGUCCUCAGGAAGAUGAUGGAGGUGAUUGGCUGGGGAGAAGGAGGAGACGGGAUCUUUAAUCCAGGUGGCUCGAUGUCCAACAUGUAUGCUGUGAACUUAGCCAGAUACCGCUACUGUCCAGGCAUUAAAGAGGACGGCCUCUUUAAUGCUCCACGCCUGGUCGUAUUAACAUCACAGGAGGGUCAUUACUCCAUUUCCAAAUCAGCCGCUUUACUGGGAAUUGGCACCAAGAAUGUUUAUGUAGUGCCGUCUGAUAAGAGUGGGAAGAUGAUUCCUUCUGCUCUGGAGGAAAAAAUACAGUUAGCCAAAACUGAGGGUGCUGUUCCCAUCAUGGUAAACGCCACGGCGGGGACCACAGUGCUUGGAGCGUUUGAUCCCAUCGAGGAAAUCGCUGACAUCUGUGAGAAGCACAACCUGUGGCUGCACGUUGACGCAUGUUGGGGAGGAGCAGCUCUCGUGUCUAAAAAGCAUAAACGCUUGUUAAAGGGCAUCCACAGAGUUGACUCUAUCUCCUGGAACCCUCAUAAGAUGUUGAUGGCAUGCCUUCAGUGCUCUGCUUUCUUGGUCCGAGACAAAACAAGUCUCCUCCAGCGCUGCCACUCUGCUCGGGCCUCCUACCUCUUCCAGCAGGAUAAGUUCUAUGACGUCAGCUACGACACGGGGGACAAGUCGGUCCAGUGCAGCAGGAAGCCGGACGCCUUCAAGUUCUGGCUCAUGUGGAAGGCUCUGGGAACCACAGAGCUGGAGCGAAGAGUGGACCGAGCCCUCGCCAUGGCCAAGUAUCUUGCACAAGAGCUCAAGAAAAGAGAAGGGUUCCAGCUGGUGAUGGAACCUGAAUAUGCAAAUGUUUGCUUCUGGUACAUUCCACCGAGCCUGAGGAACCUCCCUGAAGGCCCUGAACUCCGGAAGAACCUGGACAAAGUGGCCCCGGUGGUGAAAGAGCGCAUGAUGAAGAAGGGCAGCAUGAUGAUUGGCUACCAGACCCAUGGCGACAAACCCAACUUCUUCAGGAUGGUGGUCAUCAGCCCUCAGGUCAGCAGGGUGGACUUGGACUUCGUCCUGGAUGAGAUACACAAUCUGGGAAAGGACUUGUAAAGAAAGAUCACUAGUUGACUUCUGGAAAAAUGAGAGCGACCAACAGUAGCAGUAAUACUACAUGAUGUCCAAAUGUAUGUUUAAGAUAACAAAUGUGCAGAUUGUUUCCCACAAGUAAAUGCUAAGGAAUUCAAAUGUAUAAUCACUAUUUCACACAGAGUAUACAUCCUUUUGAUGUCAUAUGCUGGAUAUCAUACGUACUGUAUGGAUUCCUGUGGUUUCUAGCUGAAGGUAAGCUCUAUAUGUACCUGUCUUUGUCCUCUGUUUUUGGUCUCUACCAACUCCUGAGGGAAAAGAGGUGUUCACCACUAAAUGUUUCACCAGGUUCAUGAGAUCAUCUUUGAUAAUGUUAAAAAAAACAAAAACAA